UAUCAGUAUGGGUGUGGUGGUAAUCCCGGUAUGAAUUGGUCAGAUUCGCGUCAAAAUUUGGCGCCUGAGGCCUUGUUGUUUUUGCUGGACAUAACAAACGACACGCAGACGGGGAAAAAUGAGCGAUUUAGAUAUUUAAAAACAACCCACAAAAGCAUGAUUAGGAACUGACGGAAGCUUCUGCCGGAUCUCGAGAGCUAUCAACAGUAGGCCUGCGUGUUUAUCAGCGUGAGAAGUGAGGCGGGAGUGAAGCCCUCAGCGGAGGAUCAUGAGCGAGCUGGAGCAGUUGCGGCAGGAGGCCGAGCAGCUGCGCAAUCAGAUCCGAGAUGCCAGGAAAGCGUGCAGCGACUCCAGUUUGUCCCAGAUCACAGCUGGACUGGAUUCGGUGGGGAGGAUCCAGAUGCGCACAAGACGAACUCUGCGGGGUCAUUUAGCCAAAAUCUACGCCAUGCACUGGGCUACUGAUUCCAGGCUUCUAGUGAGCGCGUCUCAAGAUGGGAAACUCAUUAUAUGGGACAGCUACACAACAAACAAAAUCCACGCCAUUCCUCUGCGCUCGUCCUGGGUCAUGACGUGUGCCUACGCUCCAUCCGGGAACUACGUGGCGUGUGGAGGCCUGGACAACAUCUGCUCUAUCUACAGCCUGAAGACCCGCGAGGGCAACGUCAGGGUCACCAGAGAACUGCCCGGGCACACAGGUUAUCUGUCAUGCUGUCGUUUCUUGGAUGAUAGCCAGAUCGUCACCAGCUCUGGAGACACCACAUGUGCUCUGUGGGAUAUAGAGACCGGUCAGCAGGCCACCAUCUUCUCAGGCCACAGCGGAGAUGUGAUGAGUCUCUCUCUGAGCCCCGACUCCAGGAGCUUCGUAUCUGGGGCCUGCGACGCUACCUCCAAACUCUGGGACAUCCGAGACGGCAUGUGCAGGCAGUCCUUUACCGGUCACGUCUCUGACAUCAACGCCGUUUGUUUCUUCCCCAAUGGAAAUGCGUUUGCAACCGGUUCAGAUGACGCCACGUGCCGCCUUUUCGAUCUGCGUGCUGAUCAGGAGCUCAUGAUGUACUCUCAUGACAACAUCAUCUGCGGCAUCACGUCUGUAGCCUUCUCCAAGAGCGGCCGCCUGCUCCUCGCCGGCUAUGACGACUUCAACUGCAACGUUUGGGACACGCUGAAGGGAGAACGUGCAGGCGUUUUGGCCGGACACGAUAACAGGGUGAGUUGUUUAGGUGUGACCAACGAUGGCAUGGCCGUGGCCACCGGCUCAUGGGACAGCUUCCUCAGGAUAUGGAACUGACCUGAUUGGAAAGGACUGGAGAUUGACGUGCCACUCUGACCAAUCACAGUCAUUGUAGCGGCCUGCUUCCACAGAGGAACCCUUUCCCCUUCUUUUAUCCUUCCUUUUCCAGGUGAUCUCUUAAUAGACCCUUUCCCUACGCCUGCAUAAGCCGCCAGUUCCACUCCCAGUUUCCAGAGGAUGAGCGAGGCAGAGCUCUCUCUCUCUCUCUCUCUCUCUCUCUCUCUCUCUCUCUCUCUCUCUCUCUCUCUCUCUCUCUCUCUCUCUCCAUCUUUGUCUGUGGCCUCCUAAUCUGAAAAAUCCUAAGGAAUAGACUUUCGUGUAUAUACCAUUUGCUAUUCUCUGUGCUUCUAUGUGAAAUGUACACACUUAGUGUUUGGAUGUCGUGCGAAAUUUUUGAGGUGGGUGUAUUGCUCGUCCCGAUCGUGUUUUCUUUUUGCCCCAAUUAUGGAUUUUUCUAUGACUUUGUGUAGUAUUCUUCCCCACACACACAGCGACACACAGAGGCACUGCCAGCAGUUUGGAGCUCUCCACGAACAAGCUGACCCGCCAUGCGGUUUCUUGGUGCUGACGUCCACCCGUCCUACUCACGGGUCCGUGUUGGAUGUUUUAAGUGUCGGUUUAGGUGAAGGCACACGCAAGGUGUACAGGAGAGCAUCACAUGACACUUUAAUGCCUUCGUGAUACGGUCGUUCAGGCCGUCAGUCUGCCGCGGUGCCUCCCGCUCUGCCGUUGUGCCCGUCACGUGCCGAUAAUGUGUUUACUCCUACAGUAUGGUGUUGAAUGUUGGAUGCAACAUUACAGGCACUUUCGGUUCUGUCUGUAUUGCCAGUAUUGGUCAUGUAGGGUAGGAAUAAAACUCCUGAGCAGGUGAUAAGAUAUUGAUAUUGUGAUGUACUACAUCAUGUCUCAGUUCAUUCACUGGCACAUUUGUUAGCAAACCUUAAAAUCAAACAUACUUACUGUGUCAAGUAAGUAUGGUGCAUUUACCUUAGAAUAAAAAACACAGGACAUCUAUACUAAGCCUUGGAAAGCUAUACUAAUUCCAUGUACUGUUUAUGGAAGCAGCCUCCAGCGUCAGCCCUUUAACAGUAUAAUAGAGAGCCAUCAAGACUGAGGAGCUUCUCUAAUAAGACCUCUGCUUUAAGAGAAAGGAAAAGAGCAGCUGUUGAAGGAAAGACUGUUUAUUGCUGCUGUAACGUGAGCGAGAACAGGAACUAGAUUGUUCAAUAGCAUUCAUUGGAACCAGGAGCUGAUCAUGUGACCGUAUCUCUGCUUGAUAGCAUCAUAAAAAUAUCAGCGAUAGUUUUUACGAGCUGAUGGGGGUGUGUGUGUAUAUAUCUAUAUAAAUUUCAUAUUCGGGUUUGCUAACAACGUGCCAGAACGUGUCGACACGGCCGACAUCACCAGAGGCGAUUUUAUUCAAGCUGUAUGUAUUCAAUAGAGAGAUAUGAAACUUUGAUACAUGAAUAUUUUAAGAUCCAAUCAGCUGCUUGUUUUUUUUUUUGUUUUUUUUCUUCAUUUAUUUGUGAUCAGCAGCUUGUACUGUUAUCUGACCAAUCAGAUUGGAGGAAUCGGCAUCAUUGUAGUAUCAUUCACAAUAUCCAGUGCCAAAAUGUUAAACACAAAGUGCUAAGGACAGUGUUGUAUUCAGCCUGAGUAGAGAAACAUUAUUAACACACCACAUAACCAUAAAUAUUCACAUAUUCAUUUUACAACCUUUCCAUUUCCUGUGUGGGGGGUGUUUUUUUUUUUGUUUGUUUGUUUUUUUGUUUUUUUCCCUCCCCAAAUGUGAGAUAAUGUGAGUUGAUGUGAGCUUUGGUAUAAAACGGCACAGUCUCCUGUGUCGAGAGAACAAGCCUUAACUGUUUGUAGUUCACUUGACUUAAUUUCAUUUCAUGCCAGUUAAUAGAAAUGAAGGCUGAUGUUUGUUGUUUUUUCCACGAAUUUUUCCAAUGGACGCUUUACUCUACACUCAAGCUUGUUUUGUUUUUGUUUUUUUAAUAUUUUGUCAUUUUUGCCUACAGUAUUGAGACGGUUUUGUUGUAUUAAAUCAUUUAAAUGAUUUUGGUAUAAUUUUCUCAUCUACUGUCGUGUGUGUGUGUGUGAGAGAGAGUAAGUGAACGGAUGUUUUAUAAACUACUUCUCGAUUCAAACGCAUAAAAGCCGGUCAGAAAUCCCGAGUCCGGCUUCUCUUUCUUGAGUCUGACCCAUGGCUCUACACUUUCACCUGCUGUGAUGACGAUCAGUUUUUCAGUAGAGGUGUGUGUGUGUGUGUGUGUGUGUGUGUGUGUGUGUGUGUGUGUCCCCAGUGCAGGCUGAUUGCAAAAUCAUCAGUAUGGCAGAAAAUUAGCGUCUUUUCUUCUGGACUAAGGGGUGUGUGUAUUUUUCUGUAUUCAGCUGAUGUCUUAAUUUUUGUAACACAAAUACAAACAUUAAAAGCAAACAAAACAUGGA